AUGGCGGGUUUUCUUUCAUACGUCCCCCUGGUCAACAGACUGGUUGGUGUUGAUGCGCCCAGAGCCAUCGACGUUCCUCCCGUCAAAGUCCAAAACAUCGAGACAGACGCCGAGAAGCGACCACGGACACUCAAGCACCUUUUGCGGGCGAACCAUGUGAACCACUCCAUAUUGUAUCAUGACCUUCAGUAUGACAACCAUAUGGCACAUAUCCUCUGCUCAUCAUAUACACUAGGGGCCGAGGCACCGCAGCUGUAUGACAUCUAUGAGGAGGAGUCCAAGACUUUGGAACCAUGGAAGGAUUCGCCUUCCGAAGUGUCUGAGGCAGACUGGAGGGAUAACCUGGGCGACAGACAGUAUCAGAGAGCCUAUGUUGACUUCUUUGAGGACAUGAUGGUCAUGAAAUACAAGUAUGACUGGAAGCAGGUCAUUGAGGAGUUCAUGUUUGGGGGCAAGCAGCCAUUGAUCAAUGGUCUCAUUUCCAGUCUUGGCCAUCCUCUCAUUCACUUGGGCUAUGCCUAUGAGUUUGACAACCGAGAGCUCGCCAUCGAGGCUCUCAGCUUAGCAUCUUCAACAUACAACUACCUGCAUAAGUACAUCGACGACUCAUCAUACACCAAGAAGUCUUCCUUCACCUCUACUUCGCCAUCAGAGAUCCUGAGCAAGAUUGCAAACGACAGCCGAUUUGACGGCCUAUUUGAUGAGGCCAAAUUCGAGAACGUCGACGCACUCUUUGAAAAGGCCGAGCCACUGGUGUUGGAGUAUUGGAACGCUUGGGAACUGGCCAACCCCGUCGAGCAAUUCCGCGAGUCCCAGGAAGCGGCAAUCGAGCUUCUGGUUGCAUCGGUUCAACCCGGGACGCAUUCUUACAACUUCUUCCUUGUCCACAUGUUGACGACGAGCCAUGCCGUUAGAGUGUUGCUCCCCUUCGUACCAGUCAAGUUCCACAUCAACCUCGUGAGGCAAUGGUGGCUCCUUACCCUGGCAGCCUACAUUGCUGUGCUCCGCCCCAAGGUUGACCCGGAUUAUAUCCCUCAGGACCUGAAGGGGAAGAGCUGGAACUACGUUGAGGACAAGGCGCUGAAUGGUCGGUUUGCGAAGGAUGCCCAUUAUGUGAAAGCGAUUCGGUCUAUUAGAGAAGCGGCAAGGACUUGGGGUGAUGUCCAUGACCGGUUUCUCGCGGCAGCGGUUCGGUUUGCGGAUGACUUCGAGGGAUGGUAG